AUGGCCCAACUGGACAACCGAGUCCCCGGCCACAACGACGCCACCUACGACACCGUGCCUGAAAAUGACCAGAUAUUCAAGAUCGAGUUCCUUGAGAUCGCCACGACUCCUAUUAUCGCUGCAUUCGAUUCCGAUUGUCCCCGAGUAGCUCUGCCGGCCCGGGUGGCUGUCAAUCAGGGUCUUCCUCUGUUGGACCCACCACCGUAUUUUCUGGUGGCCGCCGCCAAACCGCCCACCGGGCCCUCCUCCCGCUUCAGCUUCACCGUCAGCAGAGGCGAAGACCUCAGCGCCCAGUACCCCGCCGCGUCCGCCAACCUGGUGGUGUGCACGCUGGUGUCCCCACUCCUGGACACCCAGGCCGCGCUGCAGAGCAUUCACCACCUCCUAAAGCCCGGGGCGAUGCUGGCGAUCUGGUUCUACGGGCGGGUGCACUUUGCGGACCCGGCAGCGGCGCGCUGUCAGCGGCUGCUGGACGCGAUUGUCGAACACCACUCUGGGGUGGUGAUCGCGGCGGACCGCGCGGGCUGGGCGGACAUGGGUUUUAUCUCGCGCACCUCCUGCGGGGUCGGGUUCCCCGUCGAGCCGGCGGCCAGUCGGGCAGGGCGGCACGAGCGGGUGGUGAAGGUGGAGGACUGCCAGCUGUGGCGGAAGGAGUGGACGGUCGGUCGCGCAGCUCCGCGCCUUCGUCGAGCUUAUCUCCCCCUUUGCGGAGGCGCUGGAGGAGGGGUUGCAGCGGGGUGUCGAGGCUCGGUGGGCGUUUACGUGGCCUGCGGUGCUGGUGCUGGCGUCCAAGAGGGAGGAGAGGGGGCAUCACGGGAUGCGCGGUUGCCUCGCGCCUCAAGCAACGCAACGCAGCCCUGGAGAUCCUCCUUCUCGAAACUCAACGCCAACACCAAGACCUUCCGCGGGCUCUUCUUACUGCUGGACUCCCCGCUGGACUGGGCUUACCCGACCGUCCCCGAGCCCAACACCGAUAGCAGAUUCCACACCGUCCAUGCUGGCAGGGCCCUCGAGGAGGCACGAUGGAGCAAUGCCGGCUCGCUCCCCUACCUGCGCCGGGCCGAGUCGUGGUUCGAUCACCAGGCGGACCCGGAGCAGCACGGCUUCGCUUUGACGGGUCCAUUCACGUCACCGCAUCGGGCGGACGCGAUGCAGAGAAGCAAUUUCCGCUGCGCGAGCCCAUCAAGAAGGCCUGGGCGGAGAUCGGGGCUCCCGCACAAUCCCAACGGCGGUGCGGGCCAAUUGGCCGGGGUCUCUGAAUUCCUCGAGACGUGGCAUCGGGGCCAGCGGCAAGCAGCCUACCAAGCCUACAGCCUGGAGAAUGUGCAGGUCCUCGUGGGCGCGACGGUGCAGCGGGUGGAGUUUGCGGCCGACAACAACAACAAAAAGCGAACGGCGUCCAGAGUGGUCCUCACGGACAGCCGCCGCUACGCUGCGCACAAAGAGGUCAUCCUGGCCGCCGGUGCGCUGCGCACCCCGCAGCUCCUGAUGCUGUCCGGCAUCGGACCAGCCGCGACCUUGACCCAGCACGCCAUCCCCGUGGCCAGGGAUGUACCCGAGGUGGACCGGAACUUCCACAACCAUUUAGCCAACUACCAGAUCUACAAGCUGCGCAAUCCGGAGCGGGGCCUCGCGCUGGGCAGCCCCAACCUCACCGACCCGGCGUACAUGAAGGGAUUCCCCAUUGACUGGGCGGCUAACCUCGACGUGCCCGCCCCGGUGCUGGCGGACGAUGCAUCGCUGUUCCAGCCCGGACGACCGCUGGUGGAAUCGCUGGUGGCCUAUGCACCCGCGGGUCUGCCCCACAUCCCCUUCAACGGCGAGUACAUCAUGACCUCCGUAAUGCGACUCUGCUCGACCUCGCGGAUACGUCACCAUCGCAUCCGCCUCCGCCGACUGCCGGUGAUUCACGCCAACUACUUCGACACGGAGAUCGACCGGGUUUCGCUGAUCCAUGGCAGCCGGCGGUCGAUGCAGGCGCUGCUGGACACCACCGCGACGAGAGACUACAUCGAAGCCGAGGUUCCACCGCCGGGGAUGGCAGCCCUAUCGUCAGCAUCGUCUGACCGCGAGAUCAACGCCCGGAUCAGUGCCGGAGGCCAGGCCCACCACCAUCCGGCGGGUACAGCGGCGGCGGGCAAGGUCGUUGACCCGAGCCUGCGCGUGUACGGGGUCCAGAACCUGCGGGUCAUCGAUGCGAGCAUCUUGCCCGUGAGCAUUGGGGGGCAUCCGCAGGCAACUCUGUAUGCAGUGGCGGAAGCGGCAACGGAGCUUAUUCUGGGGGUCUAG